CGUGCUUUUUUAUAAUCUCGUUUCUUUUGUUUUCUUGGAGCUUCGAAUAAUCUCCUUCCUCUCUUUCUUUUGCUGAAGCUUGCUCCAGUCUCUUUUAUUUUCUUGAAGCUUCACCGACUCUUUAUUUUCUUGAAGCUGGACAAAGAGUUCUUAUCUUUUGACCAUGGGAAACCGACGGUUUCGGCCAGAUCUUUGUUUCGGUUUAAUAUACAGAAGCGGCGGUUGGUUACCGGAAGAUUAUGCCGGCCAGGGAAUCUGAAGAUUUCCGGCAGCUCUAUGCCAGGUCUAGAUGUUCCCGCUCAGAAUGGAUGAUUCGGUUUAGCACUAAGGUGUUGGUGAAAGAAGAGGGGCUAUCUGAUCGAUCAUACCCCUCCCUCUUCUUAUUAUUACUCAAGCUUUGUACCAAAGUAAUAGAAGCUUCGGGUUUUGUGACACGUGCAAAAUUGAUGGUUCUUUUGCUAAGAUUGUUGAGAACGUUUGGAAUAAGGCGAUCCAAGGGCUGAUGAUGAUAAAUCUGUGGAUUGUAUUAUGAAGGCUUUGGAAAUUUUGGCAAUGCUACUGGCCUACAAGUGAACCCUGCAAAGUACAAGAUAGAAUACUGAGGAAAACUAAUAUGGAACUGGGAACUCUACCUACCUACCAAUCAGGUACCUGGGGAGCCCUAUUACAGCUGCUCUAGGGUGAGUGAGAGAAUGUGAUAUAGAAUUUGCAGACUCUGUCAUGUGGAUCCUAUUUGUGUUUUGUGUGAUAAAGAAAAUACGGAGUACAAGACAUGGAGACUAAAAAUCAUCUCUUUUUUUGCAAGUGUUCUUUCUUUCAGAAAUAUUUUAUUUUGUCCACCUUACAUUUUAAAUAACUUUUUGACUUAUUAGAUUUUGGGUACUGGACCGGUCCUGAGUCUCUAGAGCUCUACAAGGGCGCUGUGCAAAAGAAAUAUUGGGACUCCAA